ACGACAAACAAACCGAGGAACGUACGGAGAGCAAGAUACUUUGCUCAAUGUUUCUAUACACAUCUUGAAGAGCAGAGAGAAUAGGAUUAUUGUUCGACUAAAGUUCUGCAUCUAUCUCUACCAUCUAUUCCACAGCAGCUCCAAUACACUCGAUGGAUAUGCUGGAUAUAGCUACUGACUGACACAACAACUGUUGUACUUACAAGAGCAAAUGUGCGAUAUAGACUUUUCAGUUCUUUCCGCUCAUCGAUACCGAACACAUCAGGAAGGAGGAAGGAUACUUAUAGGAAGGACCGCACUAUCGCUGCCACUGAAGAAGUGUAUGAUGGUGGUGGCGUAAUACCGAGCAGUAAAAAGUGAUCUGGCUGAACUUGUGCCAGAAGCGAUUGGGAUUGGAUUUUCACAUGGUUAUGAAGUGCAAAAAUGGUUCACACGCGGUAGAUUAGGUGUGAGAAGCGUGUUGAAUAGCAGUGAAUCUACGGAAAAGAGGCGAACACGAAGGUGCACAUGUGUAUUGUGAUAUAGAAAGAGUUCCUUGAACUGGUCCUUUGAGUGAUUGAAAAAAGUUGAAGCAUUAGCAAUAGGAUUUAAUGGAUACCGAAGGUUCCUUGUGGUCAAUUGAUUGAAAAUAUCAAAAAUAGCCUUUAAAUGAGUUAUAGGCACCGUUCCAGGAGAAGUGAUAUGCAGUUAUCGUGCUGAAGCCGUAAUCCAGUGACCUGCAAAAUUGUCAAGUUCGUAGUGAGGUAAAAAUGUCUAACCAUGGAAGUGGUAAGGACAUCAGCAACAAGGAAGCGCCUGGUGGAGCACCAAAUGGGGCAGCAGCUGCAGCAGGGAACCCAAAUGGGAUACACGCCCAGGAGCACUCGUGUGAGAUCUGCGGUAUGUCGGGCUUAUCGGAUGACGCUAUGCGGGAGCACACCCGUCAGUGCCAUGUGGAGGGAAGUGCCCAAUGUCCCUUUUGUGGACUCAGCGGAGUUCCAGCGGCAGAGUUGUUGCUGCACGUAAAUCAAGCUCACCUCGAUUACCUAACGCCGGAGAAUGAACUGAUGAGCUUUAUUGACGAUCAGACACCAAGUAUUGACGGUGAUUCUGAUUCCAUUUCUGACUGCCGUGGUUUUUCUCCAUCGAUCACAUCCGAGCUUCUCACACCGGUUUCAAAUACCAACAGCAAACCAAGCAUCAGCAAUGGUUCUUCAAUGACCAAUUCAUCCGGACAGCAGCUCCCGAACGGUACCAGUAGUCAUAGCAAAAUCAGUUCUUCGAUGAGCACCUCGGCGACGAGCACCUGUAGUAGAUCCAGUAUCGGUAGUCAGCAGAACGGUAUUAGUAACGGUAGUACGAGUGCAAGUAGCAGUAGCAAUAAUCACAUGUCAGGAGCUAGCAGUAAGGUCAAUCAACAGCAACUGUUGAACAAUCAUCAACAUCCUGAAGUGACGAUAACUAGUACAAGCAACAAAAGCUGUGAUAUGCUGAACGACGGAAAGGAAGUGGUCAUGAAUGGAGGUGGUGAGGGUUGUACGAGUGGUGUUGUGGCCGGAGCAAGUGGCACAUCUACCGUCAAUGGAACGGGUGCGGGUGCGGGUGGACAAGGUUCUCCACUAAGAUCGCAACUAGGACUCAAGCUCAAAUCACAUAAACCAAUCGCGACUACCACUACGAAACCUAGUCCGUUGCAGUGUCUGUUAUGUCCUUACACAACCGAAAACCCAUCCGUUUUAGAAGAGCAUAUAAAUCGAUCGCACUUUGACCCGCUAAGUCCUAGUAUAAAUAAUGGUGCCAGUGGAAACUCCCACGUGGAUACGCUAAGUGCAUUGCAGUGUCCAAUUUGUGCGCGAACAUUCGAAUCCGGUUCGGACCUGGAACUGCAUGUGAACAUUGAGCAUCGUGAUAUUCUGAGUCCGGCGAAAGCUGAUCGACAAAACGGAGGAACGCCUGCUGCCGCGGCUGUGAAUGGAAGCCUCACCGGUAGCCUCUGUCCGGUUUGCGGAAUUUCGUUCGAUCACAUGAAAACCGCGGACAUGGAAAUUCACAUCGAGAAACAUUUCAGCAAAAGCCCCCAGAAUCUGAACCCGAAAGAACCGGACUUGGAGAAGCAAGCGCAAAAGCUACGCGAACAGCGAGAGUUCGAAAUGCUACGUGCGCAGUACGGUAUGGAUGAUCAGGGGAACUUUCGAGAGCAAUCGGCUGCUGCCAUGCAGAGAGCGGUUUACGCUGGUGAGAUGAGCGUUGCGGAUUACUACGAACGCCAAGUCGGAUUACGCGCGGCGGAGUCCCAUGGGGUUGAUGAUGGUUCUUCUUGUACCAAAUCGGUUUCACCUCGCGUAUUGGCACUGUCGUCGUCUUCGCCUAACGUCCUGAAAACGUACGUUUGCUCCAGCGUCGAUCACUAUGCGUCGAGCUACGGGGACAAAGGAUGGGGCUGCGGGUAUCGGAAUUUGCAGAUGAUGCUCUCGUCGCUGUUGCAGAACACCGCUUACAACGAAGCCUUGUAUUCGGCGUGGGGAUCGCACGGUCCGGCGCGCACUGCCAUGCCUAGCAUCUCCCGAUUGCAGCGCAUGGUUGAAGCAGCCUGGGCGCAAGGAUUCGAUAUCCAGGGUUCAGAACAGCUAGGCUGCAAACUGUACAACACCCGGAAAUGGAUCGGUGCCACGGAGAUCGUUACCGUCCUGUCGUGGCUCCGGAUUCGAUGCGAACUGGUGGACUUCCAUCGGCCCACCUCGUCCGACGGACGCCAUCCCGAACUGUUCAAUUGGGUACUGCGUUACUUCGAGGAACCCAGAAUCCACACGCCGCCUUUGUACCUGCAACAUCAAGGUCACUCGAGGACUAUUGUUGGAAUUGAGCAACGUACCUCAGGUCUUUCGUUAUUGGUGUUAGAUCCCAGUCACGGUCCGCGCCAGGUGGCAGCCCUUGGGUCGUCACAGGAUUCACUUCGGCUGAUUCGAAAAAACUCCGCAGCCAUGAGGGCUCCCCAGUAUCAAGUGGUGGCAGUUAAAGGACUCAUCGAAACGGAAGAGCAGUACCAGGCGAGUAAGGUUUUGCGGUCCCAUAGAAUUCCGCCAGACCGUUGACGUGCUGUAGUCGUUUACCUGAUCUAUGUUCGAGUUGUGCGCUAAUUUAGGAAUUCAACGAUUCAUUUUACCUAGUCUAGAACAAAAACAAUACCAACUUAGCUAACCUUAGAUUGACGAUAGGAGAAUAAUAUCUUGAAAUUUAGAUCAAAACAGGAGUGAAAUACUUACCUUAAAAACAGAAAUAACUAUAAUCCAACAGCAAGCAAGCAACAACUAUCACAGAAACAUACACUCACUCGGAGACACCUAACUCAAUUAGUCUAAUUCUAAACCGAUACUGCAAUAAACUAUGACUCACUAAUAGUAAUAGCUUACACACAGCUGAAAUCGAACAUUUCAUCGCUUUACUGGUAAGUUUGUGUAUUCUUUAUACUUCAAAUAGAUCAAAUUCUUAGUUUUAACUUGCAAAGUUCCUUAAUUCAAGAGAUUUCUUUCAGAAUUUCCACUAUUCGUUUUCCCACAAAGUAAAUUAUCCUGUAUUAGUCAAAUGAUAAGUACUGCUCAAUUGACGAUAGCAACCAUCAAACACAUUUGCCUUCAAGUUAAGAGCAUUGAAAUCUUGGAAGUUCCAUAGUAGUAAAUGUGUUUCUAGAUGUAAUCAGAGAUCGAUUCAAAUUAGCCGAUUUUAAUGUUGAUCAUGCCUUAGGUGUAGCCUACACAGGAAUUGUGUAGUGAAUGAAAUUCACUGAAUUCCAUGCGUUGAUUUUAAUAACAAUGGUUUGCUUCAUUCAGAUUACAUAUUGUUUUGAUUUGUAUAUAGGCCUAUUUCUGUAUUAAAUGGUUAUAUCAAUUUUUAAUAGCUUAUAAUGUCACGGAAGCAUAGCUUCCAUUUCACUGGUUGUCGUCAUGGAAUGGCUUAUAAACGAGUACCUACCUUACAAGAUCUAAAGAUUAAAAUAUCUCGACAAUCGAUUGGAUUGAAUGCCACUUACAUGUUUAUAAUUAUCCUGCGUUCGAAAAGAUAAACCGAAGGCCGAGCAUGCUAACAAAGAUAAAAUAAUUUCAAAUGCUUUAAGGUGAUUAUAGAACGAAGCCACACCUCAAAUUUU